CUGCCUUAGGCGUGGAGGUCGGCUAGUGGGGUUGAGUGGCCCGAGCUGAGGACACUGAGAGCUCAGGUCGGCGACGACAACGGCGUUGAUAGCGGUGGUAACAACGGCCUCAGAAGGCGGGGAAGAUGAAAGGUAGCCGGAUCGAGCUGGGAGAUGUGACACCACACAAUAUUAAGCAGCUGAAGAGAUUAAACCAGGUCAUCUUUCCAGUCAGCUACAAUGACAAGUUCUACAAGGAUGUGCUGGAAGUUGGCGAGCUAGCAAAACUUGCCUAUUUCAAUGAUAUUGCAGUAGGUGCAGUAUGCUGUAGGGUGGAUCAUUCACAGAAUCAGAAGAGACUUUACAUCAUGACACUAGGAUGUCUGGCACCAUACCGAAGGCUAGGAAUAGGAACUAAAAUGUUAAAUCAUGUCUUAAACAUCUGUGAAAAAGACGGCACUUUUGACAACAUCUAUUUGCACGUCCAGAUCAGCAAUGAGUCGGCAAUUGACUUCUACAGGAAGUUUGGCUUUGAGAUUAUUGAGACCAAGAAGAACUACUAUAAGAGGAUAGAGCCCGCAGAUGCUCAUGUGCUACAGAAAAACCUCAAAGUCCCUUCUGGCCAGAAUGCAGACAUGCAAAAGACAGACAACUGAACAAAUUACAAAUGGACUUUCUUGCACUUGCUUGUCGCCAAAUAAAAAAGAGGCCCAUUGAUUCCUGCCCCACCCCUCUUCUUUUAAAGCUUUUCCCGCUCCUUGUUCUUGUUUUUCCACCUGUUUUUCCUUCUCUUCUAAAAGUUUUAAUACUUUCAAGGACUUUCAAAAUUAAUCAUGUUUGGAUUGUUUUAGUUCUCUCAUUGUUGUGAGGUGGAUUGAUUGUGGGAAGUUUCAUGGUUAAGAUAUUUGGUCCCAAAAAUUUGGGUGUCAGUUUCAGUUUAUUUUUAGCUUGUUUUUAUGUCCUGCUUUCACAUUGAAGUGCAGAGCCUACAAAAUACUGUAUAUUUCAAAAUACAAAAAGAAGCAGCAGCAAUAUCUUGUUCUCUAAUCAUAGACAAGUUUAGUGUGUUUGUGGUACUUUGGGUUUCUCAAGACUGUUUGUGGGAUACUAAUCCCUAGACAUUGCCUUCAACUCCACCUGUUGUCCUAAGUACUAUCUCAGGAGUUGGACCAUUGUUAUCCUUGUAAGAAAUACUAAGCUUAUUAUUUUUUUCUUAAGCAAUUCUUCCUUCCUUCCUUGCUGGUGGCUGAGGGUGGGUGGGAUAGUUUGGGUAGUAGUGUUAGACUUUGGUCUCAGUAUUUGAGUUAAACUGCUUUUUGCUAAUGAGUUGGCUGGUUGUUAGCAGGUUUAUUUUACCUGCUGUUGAUUGUUAUUAGUGGUGUUAACUUUUAGAGUGUGAGCUGGUGAGAUUAAUUUUUUUUUAAUAUCCCAGCUAGAGAUAAUGGCCUUUAACUGACCUAAAGAGGUUUGCUGUGAUUUACCUUUUUUUCCCUCCUGUCCUUUUUCUUCAGAAAACCCAUAGUUAGUUAACUUCAAAAAUGGAGUUGAUGUCCUUAUAGAUCAAUCCCCUUCAAGAAUGCUGAUGCAGGUGUUGUCUCUUGGACAUAUUAAAACAUACCUAAAAGGAAGCUUAGAUGGACUUGUGGCACAAUAAAUGCAUUUAAUAUCAGCUAAUACAGGCUGUUAAAAGUGUGGCCACUGAGCAUUUGAUUAUAUAGGAAAGAAUAUCUAGACAGUAUUUUUGAGAAUAAAAUAGCUGUGCUAUUGCUUAUCUGUUAGAGAAUAUCCCAGAUUUGCUUACAUUCUGUGCCUAUGAUAUUAAGUUUAAGGAUUUGGGGGAGGGAGAAUUGUUAAACAUAUUAUUUCUAUUCUUGGAAAAGUAAAAGUCUAGAAGUGUUACUAAUGCAGAUAUCACUGUGACCUCCUCUACUGACAGCACUGGUUUAGGCCAGAUUAUUUUCUGAUGAAUAAGGAGUGGUUUUAAUGGGUUGAGAACUUUUUAUAAGAUAGGAGACAACUGAAAUUUUCUUGUUUUCCUCCAUAGUCCCAUCUCCAAUAGUUAAAUUUUUCUGCUUUGCCAAUAUUGGUGGCCCAACAAAUGAUCUCAUUAGACUUUAAAACAAUGCACAGAGUUUGAAGAUUCUAUCAUUUGACUUUAGAAGGGAGGUUGAUUCAUAAUAUUUAUCCUCUUAUGUAAAUUCUGCUAUGAAAGUCAUCUCCAAAUAUGUUAAAUGACAAUUAUUUUACACAGCGUUUAUGCACAUUUUAUAAUCCAAAAUUCUUAUUUGAGAAUGUGAAAGUACAAAGUACAUAGACUUCAGCAGUCUUAAUUGAGUGCCAAGAAUAAUACAGAAAAGGAAGAUAGUUGAAUGGGGUUUAUAGGGUUCUAAUCUUAAGACAGUUAAAAUGUAGAAAGACCAUGCUGAUUUCUUGGGUAUCAGUUUCUUCAGCAGUCUAAAUCUAAGCUUAGAAAAAAAGUUUAGCAUUAAGCACCUUUACCUUCAUGGAUAACCUUCAGCUUGCUCUUGCCAAGAGAAGAGUGCUUGAAUUACAGAAGGCAUAAUUACUUUGAAGAAUUCAGCCUUUUUGUAAGCUUCCAGAUAUCAAAAUAGAUUUUGAUAUAUAAAUGAGUUUUCUGAGAUAACACUGCCUCUAUUUCUAUAACCAUUUCACCUGGGCUGGCUAAUCAGUCCUAUGAAUGUAUCCCUAAAUGUGGUUAUUGAAAACCGAAUAGCUGCCUCAUGACAAUUAAGUACAUGUUAUUUAAGGAGGGGGAAAAAAUAACUAAAUUUUGAAUUGAGUGUGUAGGCUCCCUAUCAUUAUAUAUAAUGUUUCUUUUUCUACUCUAGUCAAUGGCUUUAACCUAAAUUGUAAAUGUUUGUACAAGGUUAAUUGUCCUACAUCAGACUUAUAUAAAUAAUUCCAUCCACUUACAGAGGAGGCGGCUGUAGAAGAUAUAGAAGCUGGGCACUAGUUCAUAUGUUUAUGAGUCAGUAAAGACUGAAAUAAUGUCUCAUGUUUAGUUGGUUAUUUUGAAAUAUGAAAAUUAUCUAGGUAAAACUAUUCUAUUAAUUGGAUGAUCAUAGGAUAUAUCCAUCAUAUUUUUCAGGACAAAUAGUUUUUACUGUGGGGCAAAUAGGUAAAAAUUUAUACUGGAUGGCUAUUGCAUUUGGGUUCUAAAAAAAAAAAGAAUCUGCAGAGAAAUCUAUGCAAUAUGUAAUUUGUCCAGAUUAGAUUUUAUUUGGGGAAAGAAGUUCUGAAAUAUCCCCAAAGCAGUUUACCCAUCAAUUGAAAGUCCUCCAAAAACAGAACUAUUCAGAAAUGUGUUGUGUGGGGUGGAAAAGAAAAGCUCCCUCAGUUUUUUGGAGGGAAUAACUUUAAAAAUACUUAAAUGGCUAAGUUUAUUUGGUGCAGUUAAGAAUUAAACUUGAUGAUUUUAAUAUUGCUGUUACAUCUGAAAUAAACUUAUGUGAUGAUGUUCUGGUAGUAAUCUGUGAUGUGUUAUAAAUGUCCAGAAAAGACCCCACUUUUGUGUUGAAUUCUGGUAUCAGCAGCUCUAUGUAGUCUUUGUUUACUGUUGGCCUGUUUGAUUUUUCAAAAUACUUUGACAUUUAAGAUCUUGCUUAAAGCUAAUUAAAAUAAGCAAAGUCUAAUCAAGGCCUCCUAAAUCACACCUUUUGAAACUUGCCAGGAACACUGCCCAGUAUCAGUGGGCAGUUCAGUCUCAAUGAGGGUAAAAGUCUUUCUGCUGCUGUAUUUUUUAAAAUGUAAUUGCUUAAGAUGUCUGACACCUAAAGGCUGUGAUCUCAUUUAGUAGUAUGCAUUGAAUACAAGUCAUGUAUAUUAACUUUUUUUCUCUUUGUUAGCAGUGAGGAAAGUUUUAGUAAUUGAAUGAGUUGGGAAUUGCUUUUUAAAGUUGUUUUCUAAAGCUCAAACGAACAUGGGUUUAUAGUUUUUCUUUAACAAAGUUUACUCAGUGUUUAAUAUCUUAGUCAAAAGCAUUCUAAUCAGAAUUUUGCUUGUUUCAUUGAAGAAACAAUGGGUGAUUUUUUCCUGAUGUCUUAGCUAUCACUAUAGCACAUUAUCCCAAAUUUAGCAGCCUAAAAACAAGUAUUACCACCCACAGUUUCUGAGUCAGGAAUCCAGGAGCAGCUCAGCUGGGUGGUUCUGGUUUGAGCUUGUAAUGAAACUCAGCCAGGCCCUGUCCAAGUAGCACAGCUGGUACCAAAGGCAACUCUGGAGGAAGGAUGGCCCUUGUAAUGGGUGCUGGAAAAAUGGAGCUUCCCAAUGCAGAAAUACACAUUUUGAUCCAUGUGUUCACAUUAUACAACAAUUAAAAAUGCAUAAUGGAUCUAAAUAUAGAACCUAUAAGACUUGUAGAACAUAGGAGAGACAUCUCUCUGUCCUUGUGUUAGUCAAAAGAUUUCUUAGAUGUAACACCAGAAACACAGUCUAUAAAAAAAUGGAUAAAUUGGACCUAAGAAUUAAUUACUGUUUGGAAAACAUUUAAGAAAAUGAAAAGAACCCUAGGCUGUGUGGCUCAGUUGGGCUAUGGGUCACUAGUUUGAUUCCCUGUCACAGGCACAUGCCUGGGUUGUGGUUCGGUUGGGAGCAUAGGAGAGGCAACUGAUGUAUGUUUCUCACGUCGAUAUUAAUCUCUCACUCCCCCCCCUCUAAAAAAAUAAACAAAAUCUAAAAAGAUAACCAAGGAACUGAGAGAAUACUGCAUAUUAUGAAUCUGACAAAGUAUAUGUAUCCAGAAUAAAGAACUCUCAAGACUUCGUGAAUAACAAGCAACCCAAUAAAAAUGGGUAGUAAGUACAUGAAGAGAUGCUCAGUACCAUUAGUCAUUAAGGAAAUACAAAUAAAGUCACAACAAAAUACCACCAUACACUUAAAGUGAAGUUUUAUAAAAGACUGACCACAUUGUUAGCACAUAUUGGUACAAUUCAAAUUCUAAUAUUCUAGUGGUCAAAGUAUACAACUUUGGAAAACAAUUUAGGGUUUUUCUUGUUUUUUAAGGCACACUUACAUAUGAAUCAGCCAUCCCACUGGAUAUUUACCCAAGUAUAUUACCCAAAGAAAAUGAAAGCAGAUGUCUGUACAAGGUGGGCAAAAGUUGGUUUAUAGCUGUGAGUGCAAAAGUUUAUUCUUGUAUUAUUUAUUGUAUUUUCAUAUGAACAACUGUAAACCUAUGUUUGCCCCACCCUGUACAAGAUUUGUACAGAUGUUCUAGUAUCUUUAUUUGUAAUAGUCCAAAAUUGCAAACAAUCCAAAUGUCCAUAAAUAAAUAUGUCCACUUAUAUAAAAUUCUAGUAGAUGAAAGUGAAUGUUUAAUGACAGAUUAGUGGUUAUCUGGAGAGCAGGAUGAGGGCAAGAAGAAGGAAUAAGGAGCAUCAGGAUGGAUAUGUUCAUUUUUAUUGUAGAGCAUGGUUUCACAGGUGUAAACAUGCUGAGACAAAUGUACAUUUUAAUGUUUAUAAUGGGUCAAUCAUACUUCAAUAAAGCUCUUGUUUUUUCAAGAUA